UAAAAAUUGCACAUAUACAUAGACACAUGACACAGUCUAGAGUUUUAUACACACAAACACUCUGAAGCACAUCUUGUUGUUGUCUAGAAACACAAUCAUGGGAGAUAGCAAUGCCAUCAUCGUCAAUAACAAAGAGAACCAAGAAACGCCCACGAAUCCUAACCCCUUUGUAUCUCUAUUGACCAAUUUUACCAAGUUUUUCAACUUCCCUCAGCCCAAAUCAGCUGCUCCUAAUCCCGAGGCUAAGCCUGAAAAUCCCAAGUCCAAGGCGCCGGUUGUGGUUGCGUAUCCUAGUAAGCAGACUGCUGCUCCUUUGAAGCUUGAAGCUGAGGAUCUUGAGAAGAACACCAACCCUGUUGUUCUUUGGCAGGUGUAUGCAAUUGGAGGUUUCUUUGUUUUAAAGUGGGCUUGGGCAAGAUAUAACGAACGCAGGGCCAAGAAGAAAACCAAUGAUGAUCCACCUCCAGCUGAUGAUUAGUCUUUACAUUGAAACAAAGAAAUCAUAAAAUUACUGGAAAUAGUUUGCUUUCACUUUGCAUAUUCUGGUUCCUUGUAUAAACCUGUUAAGUUAUGGUAAACGAAUCAGGAAUAUUUGCAUUAAAGCAUAUUGUUAACUAUUGUUAUAAAAUUCUAUCAUUACACUGG